CAUUCUUUUCGAGUUAGCCAUUAGGACAAUAUAUAAGUAAAUAAAUAAAGUAUAGAAGGCGUAGUAGUGAUGGGAUUGGCAUUACUACCUUUCUUUUUAUUGUUGGCAUCUACUAUUGAAGCCCAAUCCCUUUUUGAUGUUACAAGAUAUGGUGCCAAACCUAAUACAGAUAUUACUCAGGCCUUAGCAAAUGCAUGGAAGGAAGCAUGUAUGUCCACAACUCCUAGUAAAUUGUUGAUUCCAAAAGGAGUAUACCAAUUAAGUCAAUCUUAUCUUAAAGGACCUUGCAAGAGUGUUCCUAUUCAAGUCCAAGUCGACGGAACACUAAAAGCUCCUCUCCAUCCAAAUGGAGAUGGGUUGGUUCUUUUUGCAUACAUUGAUCAACUAAUGUUAUCAGGCACGGGAGUUUUUGAUGGUCAAGGAAAAGCAGGUUGGGAUAAGAAUGAUUGCCACAAAAAGAAGAUAUGUACCAAACUUCCCAUGAAUUUGAAGUUCAGUUUCAUCACCAAUUCAAUUGUGAAGGACAUAACUUCCUUGGACAGUAAAAAUUUCCACAUCAAUCUUUUGGGUUGCAAGAAUGUUACUUUUCAACACGUGACAAUCAGUGCACCAGAGAAUAGUCCCAACACGGAUGGAAUUCACAUAAGUAGCUCUGAACAGAUAAACAUUCUCGAUUCAAAAAUCUCAACUGGAGAUGAUUGUGUGUCUGUUGGAGAUAGCAACAAGCAAGUAACUAUUACUAAUGUAACUUGCGGACCAGGACAUGGCAUUAGCGUAGGAAGCUUGGGCAAGUACACCAAGGAAAAAGACGUGGUAGGAGUUACUGUGAAAGCAUGCAAAUUAAUCAAUACUACCAAUGGUGUCAGAAUCAAAACAUGGCCAGAUUCUGCCGGUGCAUUCAUAGCCUCUGACAUGCACUUUGAAGAUAUUGAGAUGCAAAACGUGAGCAACCCUGUCAUUAUAGACCAAGAAUACUGUCCGUGGAAUCAAUGCAACAGAAAGGUUCCAUCCAAGAUUAAGAUCAGCAAAGUGAGUUUCAAAAAUAUUAGAGGCACUUCUGCUACUCCUAUCGCAGUGAAGCUUGUUUGCAGCAAAAGUAUACCAUGUGAAGGUGUAGAAGUCGCUGAUAUUAACCUCACUUAUAGUGGAAUACGAGGACCGAUUUUGUCUGAAUGUGCAAACGUGCAGCCUCUCAUUACUGGAAAGCAAAGCCCUCAAAUAUGUGCUAAGCCUGCUCCUGCUGGUGCUCCAUCAACAGACUAAUCUUUUCAACCAAUGCCACACAAAGUCUGCAAAACCAUAUGUGAAAGUUUAUCACAUAUCUAUAUUUAA